AUGCACAAUACCACCACCAGCAAGGGCAGACAUGUCAUAGAUCCUAAUGGCUGGCACGGGACCUUCGCCUUCAAGGCCAGCGAUCAACUCCUACGUGAAUAUCAUGUUGCAUCACACGGGUAUACCAACGGCAAAGAGGACUUUGUUCUUAAGGAAGCUACUCAUACCUCGGAGAAGGCAGACAACAUUCGCCGUGGUGGGCCGCACUCUGAUAAGGUUGUUUGGCCACCCGAGGAGCUCCUUGAAGAAUAUAAAGACAGUCCCAUCGGCUACUCACACCUACCAGGUCAAAGUUAG